AAGGAGGGUUCCUUUGUCACAACAAACAAGGAGAAAAUUUUUUUUCCAGUCUCUUCGCUUUACCAAUGCCUCAUCAGAAGCUUUCAGCACUUAUUGAUGCCAUCUGCAAUUUUGUUAUCUGCAAUGACUCUUCCCUUCGAGGGCAGCCCAUUAUCUUCAAUCCUGACUUUUUUGUGGAGAAACUCCGACAUGAGAAACCUGAGGUGUUCACCGAGUUGGUGGUCAGCAAUAUCACAAGGCUCAUUGACCUACCUGGAACUGAGCUGGCUCAGCUGAUGGGGGAAGUGGACCUUAAAUUGCCUGGUGGGGCCGGCCCAGCGUCAGGAUUCUUCCGGUCUCUAAUGUCUCUCAAGCGAAAGGAAAAAGGAGUGGUAUUUGGAUCCCCAUUGACGGAGGAAGGCAUUGCCCAGAUAUACCAACUAAUUGAGUAUCUACACAAAAACUUGAGAGUAGAGGGUUUGUUUAGAGUUCCAGGGAAUAGUGUCCGACAGCAGAUUUUAAGAGAUGCUCUCAAUAAUGGAACUGAUAUUGACUUGGAAUCAGGGGAGUUUCAUUCAAAUGAUGUUGCUACCUUGCUGAAGAUGUUUCUGGGAGAGCUACCUGAGCCCCUGCUGACUCAUAAACAUUUCCAUGCACACCUCAAAAUUGCUGAUUUGAUGCAGUUUGAUGAUAAAGGAAACAAGACCAAUGUUCCAGAUAAGGAGCGGCAAAUUGAGGCUCUCCAGUUGCUCUUCCUCAUUCUCCCUCCACCCAAUCGUAACUUGCUGAAGUUACUGCUUGAUCUCCUGUACCAGACAGCAAAGAAACAAGACAAGAAUAAGAUGUCUGCCUAUAACCUUGCCCUUAUGUUUGCACCCCAUGUCCUGUGGCCGAAAAAUGUCACUGCAAAUGACCUUCAAGAAAAUAUCACAAAGUUAAACAAUGGGAUGGCUUUUAUGAUCAAACACUCCCAGAAACUUUUUAAGGCUCCUGUUUAUAUUCGGGAAUGUGCCAGAUUGCACUAUUUGGGCUCCAGAACUCAAGCAUCAAAGGAUGAUCUUGAUCUAAUAGCUUCAUGUCCUACUAAGUCCUUCCAAUUGACAAAAUCUCAGAAACGGAAUUGGGUAGAUUCUUGCUCUCACCAGGAGGAGACCCAGCAGCGUACGGAAGAGGCAUUGAGAGAGUUGUUCCAACAUGUUCACAAUAUGCCAGAGUCAGCAAAGAAGAAACAGCUUAUUAGACAGUUUAAUAAACAGUCUGUGACCCAGACGCCAGAGCGAGAAUCUUCUACUCCUCGGGUACAGAAAAGAGCCCGUUCACGUUCCUUUAGUGGCCUUAUUAAGGAUUCCUCUGAAGGAUCCAGAGUGCUCCUGUUGUCCACCCGGAAUUUCCUCUUUAGUGGGCCAGAUGUCAUUACUGCUCACAGAGAAGCUUGGACUUGCAGCUUGCUGCAUUUAGCAUUGUGAAAGUCAACUAAUCCUGUGACCUGACUGAUACCUCUAACCGCACUCACUGGAUAAUGUCUGCAGACUCUGUCUACUGACUGGGUGCUGGCAUCUCUCUUUCUCUUGUCUUUGAAAGCAUUGUGGGGAAACCACUAAGCAGCCAGCCUGCUCACACAGCACAGUAAAUGGGCAGAACCAGCUGGGCUCCAGUGCUCAUUCCAUGAAUUUGUUUUAGCAGAUAUUAUUUUUAAAAAUCUGAAAGUUCUCUCAACUACCAGUUUUUUUUUUUUUUUUUUUAAAGUGCUGUCAGUCCUGGUGGAUUGAUAUUAUUUUUAACUGAUACUUGGGGCUUUUCUCUGUUUUGAUAGUACGGGUGUUAUUUUGGUUGUUUCUUGUUAAUUUGCUGUUUGUUUUUUUAAAGCCAUUUUUUGGAUAGGUCGUCUAAAUUAUGCCUAAGACAGAUACCUUUCCCUUGUUUUUUCACCAUAAGCUUUGGGAAAGCUCUUAAUCUCAUGAGGCCGUAUUCCUCCAUACCCUUUGUCCAAAGAACUUCGAGCUUUCCUGGAAUUACAAAAAUAAUUUCUUGGACCUGAGGGUAUAGGAUAUUUGACCUGCGUUAUUGAAAAAGGAGAAUUCAGAAUGAGACCAUAUUUUAACAAAUGUCAGUUAUUAAACUUUGUCUCUUCUCCCUCCCUUCCCUCUCUUCCCCUUUCUUCCGUGGUGCCAAAGUAAUUGUGCGGUUGCCAAACUCGUCGCCUUCAUUCAGUCUCCUCUUGCCUAAAACAUCUCUGGUGCCAAUAUUCUGAGCCAGAUCCCUGUGACUCAAGGGAAGUCACCGACGGCUCGAUAGAGAUUUGCUGAAAUAUCUGAAUGUACUGGAAACUCUGGAGUGUGACUAGGAUGGGACCAGCUGGUUUUGUGUCCAGGGUGACUGCUGGUGGGUGGGAUUAUAUUGCAUCCUUCUAAGGGAUCAGGUGUGCAGGUCAGACUGUCCGCUGAGGGCAAGCUGGAGUCCCGGGAGGAAGGGCGCGUCACUCUGCAGGGCUGAGAGGAUUUGAAAGAGCACAUUCUCCUUUAGAAGCGGUUGUGGCUGAUCACCAGUGUUGGAGGGGGGUUGCCGCACCGCCCCUCUCCUUGUCAAGGUGGGCAAAGGAGUAGUUUGGAGGUGGGGCUGGGGCUUUGACGGGGUUGAGGAUGUUCAUGUGUGUUAGAGGUAAGCAGCAGCGUGGCUUUGAUCUUGUGUAAAAACUCACUGCCUGGGGGCGUGUGGCCAGAGGCGGGAGCGUUUGAGUGGGUGCUCUGUGGAGCCGUUGAGCUGCCCUCACCCUGUGCCAGAGCCCAGUCAGGCUCCUGGGGAGCGGCUGCCCUGCAAAGUGGGACUUGUUAUCUUUGAACUCUUGAAAAAGCUGCAUUUCUGCUGAAAUGGGAGGAUGAUGCUGGCAGAGCACGGUUUGGUUUUGUGUCCAGCUGUCAGUCCUCUCUUCCGUACUUGUCUCACUGGCUACUCCAACAAUAGUGAAGAGAAGUGUAAGAUUUGACCUUCCAGCCCGAUGGAUUGUGAACAACAGAUGGUGAGGAGUAUGAGCCUCGUAGAAGGCCCUUUCUCAGAGCAUUUAUAUGUCUUUCUUAAAAAUACUUGUUAGCAAAUUUAUUUGUGUAGGUUUCCAGUUAGCUUUUCCUUAUUAAGAAAAUAAGCACCUGCUACGAGUGAAUGCAGACAGAGACUGCUUUUGAUAGGACCAGACUGAAAUAGUGUUCUCCCUAACCCGAAGCUUCCUUUCUUUACUAAGUGGUUCCUCCCAGAAUGGCGUGGCAUCAGGUGGAGAGUGCAGAGCAGUGACCUGAUACCUUCCUGUCACCAGCUUUGUCCUGGGCUUCUGUCUGAGGAGGCAGCUAAGACUUAGGAGACUUUCACUGGUUGAAUGGGUUGGUACCCCAGGGAAGUGUGGGCCUAGAGUGAUGGGAGAGGUGCUUGCCACGCACACAUGAUUUUGUGUAGCUUGCCCCCUUGGGCACUUUGUGUGUGAAUUUGGGCAUGUGUAUUUCAUUUAAGUUAUUUAUUAAAUAUACUUUCCCUUGCUUAAAGGGUGUGAUAGGUCAUUUUUUAAGUUGAAGCUGAUUUGACAGUUGAAGCUGUGAUCCAGUUGGAAUCCAAAUUUGAGAAAUAAACAGCAUAACUUUCUGCCUUGCA